CAUUUGGCUGUUCCUGACAAGCAUACAACGUGUUCAUCUUCUAGCAACUACGACCACAAGCGUGAUCUAUGGAGGAAGAAUCUGAAAGUUUCUUCUCUUUUCCUGAACUCUCUCUCUCUCUCUCUCUCUCGGAGAGGCAGACACCAAUAUAUAUAUAUGGAAGCAACCUAUGAGUAAGCGCAAAACGAGCUGAAGUGACGAGAUUGGCUCUUUGACCUCUCUUCUGCUUGAAUUUUAGGGAACUCUUGUCCCUAUUGCAGAGUCAUGGGAAGCGAUAAUGUACGUCAGCUUCGCAUCUUCUUCUUUCCCUUCAUGGCUUAUGGCCACAUCUUGCCAACCAUAGACAUGGCCAAACUCUUUGCAUCUAGAGGCCUCAAAGCAACCAUCAUCACCACCCCACUGAAUGCACCGAUUUUUGCUCAAACCAUCCAGAGGACCCAGAAGCUCGGUGCCAAGAUUGAUGUCCAGACGGUCAAUUUCCCAUCUGUAGAGGCCGGGUUGUCUCCGGGAUGUGAAAAUCUAGAUUUGGUCGCGUCCCAAGAAAUGUUCCUCAAAUUCAUUAAGGCCACAGAAAUGCUGAAGCAGCCACUGGAGGAGCUUCUAAGUGAGGACCCUCCUGAUUGUCUGGUGGCUGACAUGUUCUUUCCAUGGGCAACUGAUGUGGCCCAGAGGUUAGGAGUCCCUAGGAUGGUGUUCCACGGAACGAGCUUCUUCGCGCUAUGCGCGACGGAGUGUGUCAGGCUUCAUGAGCCACACAAGAAUGUGCCAUCUGAUUCAGACCCUUUUGCGAUCCCCAACUUCCCUCACGAGAUCAAAUUGACCAGAAAGCAGCUUCCAGAGCAUCUCCGCUCCGGUGUCGAAAACGAUUUCACAAGGUUCAACCGUGAAGCCAAGGAAUCCGAGGUUCGAAGCUUCGGGGUCAUAGUCAACAGCUUCUACGAGCUAGAGCCUGACUAUGCUGAUUACUACAGGAAUGUGCUAGGAAGGAGAGCCUGGCACAUUGGUCCAGUCUCAUUGUGCAAUAGGGACAUUGAAGACAAGGCUACGAGAGGAAAGAAGGCCACAAUCGACGAACAUGAGUGCUUAAAAUGGCUCGACUCGAAAGAUCCUAAUUCAGUUAUCUAUAUAUGUUUCGGGAGCGUGGCUAAAUUCUCUCCCAAUCAGCUCAGGGAGAUCGCGCUGGCGCUUGAGGCCUCAGGGCAGCAGUUCAUCUGGGUCGUCCGAAAAGCUGACAAGGGUGGCGGGGACAAGGACGAGGCCGGUGGUGACGAGGAGUGGCUCCCGAGAGGAUUCGAGGAGAGGAUGAAAUCGGAAAACAAGGGACUGAUAAUUCGGGACUGGGCACCUCAGGUGUUGAUCCUCGAUCACAAGGCGAUCGGGGCAUUCGUGACGCACUGCGGAUGGAACUCGACCCUCGAAGGGAUAUGCGCCGGGGUGCCGAUGGUGACGUGGCCGGUCUUCGCAGAGCAGUUCUAUAACGAGAAGCUGGUGACCCAAGUGCUGAGAGUUGGUGUAGGAGUUGGGGCUCAACAGUGGGUGGGCAUAGUUGCGGACAAAGAGAUAGUGAGCAAGGACAGGAUAGAGAAGGCUUUGAGGCAAGUCAUGGUGGGGGAUGAAGCAGAGGCGAUGAGAGACAGAGCCAAGUUACUCGCCGACAAGGCGAGGAGGGCUAUCGAGGACGGAGGGUCCUCGUACUCGGGUAUGAAUGCUUUGAUCAGAGAGCUUGCUUUGCACCGCAUUGCUCGUGAUGCAAAGAGCUAGAUCCUUGCAAAUGUGAAUAGCUAGCUACUUUGUAUGUUGACCUUCAGGUUUCAUGUGUGGGGAUUUUUUGCAAGUAAUCUUGUAAAGCAUGAUAGGAAUGCCCUUAGCUUGUGUGAGGCACUCUAAUUCGCUCUUGUAACUUUGAGGAGCGAGGGGCGUGUGCUGUGACAAGGAAAACUUAUGAAGAAUAAAGCUGUUACUGUAAACACCAUCUUUACUAUGAUUGUUGCUCUGUUCUUCA